CGUCGAGCCGUCGAGUUUAGACGGGAGUAUAAAAACGUCGGCUCGUUCGUCUAACGUACAGUUACACGCAAUACGUUAACUUUGACACAAGCAUGAGGACCUUCAUCGCUCUCUUCGCCCUUGUGGCAGUGGUGGUUGCCGACGGUCCCGUGCUCCGGUCUCCCGAAGCCGACGCUCCCAUCAUCAGCCAAGACGCUGAUGUCUUCCCUGACAAAUACCAGUACCGUUAUGAGACCGGUAACGGUAUUUCCGCUUCUGAAUCUGGAGUACUGAAGAACGCUGGUCGCGAGGACGAAGCUUUGGAAGUCGAAGGCCAAAACAGAUACCAGGCACCUGACGGUACCGUCUACACAUUGACUUACAUCGCCAACGAGAACGGAUACCAACCUCAGGGUGCUCACCUUCCCGUCGCUCCCGAACCUCAACCAAUCCCCGACUACAUCCUCCGCUCUAUUGAAUACAACCGUGUUCAUGCCCCAAAAACAAUUGACGGCCAAAGACGUUAAGAACAAUAUGAACUCUACCUUCUACAAUACUCAAUACUAUAAUCUUGUUAAUUACACUGCCUAUUAAAUAUAUGUCUAGUCGUUCCGUAAGAGUUUAAUAAGAAAAAAGUUCCACAAUUUA